CAGGAUUGGAACGUUAAACGGAGAUAGAGCUGUGCUGUGUCGGUAGACAAAGGGGAAACGCAGCGAUGGCCGGAAAGGGUUUCUGCGUGAAAAUACGACUGGAGCUACACGCCGUUACGUGUCCCGGUGUAUGGCUCUGCCCUAACGGCGAAGUAGCGUUGCGUAUAACCAGCCUCGGUUCCACCCUCGAAUCGCACAGAGUAUCGCCGAUUUUUCCACUAUUAUUUCACAACGAGUUUAACUUUAAGAAAACCUUUACACGGCUGGCUGCUUUGACAGAGUUGCAACGGAAUUUGGAGCAAGAGUGUCUCUACGCGGAACUGAUACAAUGGCUUAGACCCUCCUGCAACCAGGCCAUACUCCUGGCUACCUUCGAGACCAGCUUGGCAGACGUACUCUAUCCCCCCGUCACACACUACGAACGUUUACUCGCCGGAGUAGACGUCGAUCUGCUCAUGGAUCCAAGCAAAUAUUUUCCCGGUAUUAUAGCACCUAAAAUCGAGAUCUCUACGAAAACUGUGAUAGAAGAGGUGACCACCAGUGUUUACGACGCGAACAAUUACUCCGAUCGGGCCUCGUACUGUGUGGUGAACCCAAAAAUGAUCGAUUCCAAGCGAAAAUCCAACUGCGUUCAUAGAAAACGACCCACCAAAGGUAUCAUCCGGCAAAGAAGCGUUUGUCAUAGUCGAGCAAAAGCUAGAGCUCACGCUUGCCCUCCUCCGGCGAGGUAUCGAUGCGAGUCCUGUAACGUAGUAGAAUAUUCGUGUCGGAACGAGCCGAGUCGGAUCAACCAGUGUUAUCAUCCGACAAAACAGAAAUUACAGUCGCUGCUGAACAGGAUCGACGCGCGUCCCUCUGUUUGCGGCAAUCUGCACAUCUUCGACAGCUGUCCCGUCUGCUCAAAGUAUAAAUGUUACUUUUCCUGCGAAUGCGGUGGUAUCAGAUCGAACCAAGAUCCGACCGAUUACCACGACUAUGAGCGCCGUUGGUGUUAUUACGCUCGUACACCGGACGAUAGUUUCGCUUCACGCGAGCCGAUCUCUACAUAUCCUUUCUUUUUACAGAGUAUCGCAGCAGCCAAGAAUCCGACACCUUUCGCAGAGCAAGGAAAGAGCGCGUUACGCGGAGAAAGAUCGUAAGGUAACCGCCGAGUAG